AUGCCAGCCCGAUCUCUCUUGCGCCUAGCUACGGCUAUGGCAAUUCGUCAUGUUAAAGUUCUUGAUAAUUUGGGCAGUCUUCCUUAUGUCCUUGCACGUCCUAUCCUCCUCAAAGUCGACAACCCCCAAAAAUUGCAUGCCCUCGAACUCGCAUCCCCCCAGUUCGCAGAACACGACAAAGAAUUAUGGAUCGAAUUUAUAAAGCGCGAUAUCCCCAGCUGGGACCAAUACGAAUUACCGGAGGAAUCCAACGACUGGUAUCAAGUGUACUGUGAUCUCGGCGAACAAGUUGAGCGAUCUCUCGAAGCCGACGCCGAAAAGAUGAAGAUGGCCCUCGACGGAAUCACCAACCAGCGCGCCCGUCUCACCCCCAAGAUCCUCCCCCAAGGCAAAAGCCUACGCAUGGCCGGAGCACGACCGAGUACAAAACAACGCUAUGCAUCCUGGGAUCGCAAAAUGGGCGGCAUCAAACCCGUCCACGACCCAGCAGGAUGGGUCUUCAACGCCCCAAACCCUUCCAGAGACGGGGUCUCCAAGAAAAGGAGCAUAUUUGCACCACAAAGGCGCAACAACGCGCUGUCCGUCCCCAGCAAUAAACUCAACAACCGGGCUUCACAGGUUACAUAUGCCCCGCAAUCCCUAAUCGAAGAUCAUCGCCGCCCCGAACCUGCGCCAGCAUCGAGGAUGAAUGGUAACCCGGCCAUGAUCGGGUCCCGGCAACCCCCCGCUCCAUCCAACAACCACCCCUUGCCGCCAGUCCGAGGAGUCAGAGAGGACCGACUCCGGGCCUUGACUUCGGGCAAGCCACCUCCGCCGUCAACUCCCAAGAAGGCCUUGGUGAGAGCCGACCUCAAGCGUCCUGCCUCUCCUCCUCUGUCUGCCAGCAAGGCACCUGCCCCUUCUCACGACUCUUCCUCCUCGUCCUCCGUCCCGUCGUCAUCCGGGCCUCCUGCUCCUCGUCCCGCCGUCAUGCGUCGACGUCAGGAGCCAAGUAUAUUUAUGCCAGCUAAGCGAAAGCGAGUGUCUUGA